CCGGUGCCGCUCCCGGAGCCGCUCCCGGUGCGGCGGGCGGGGGGCGGUCGCUGUGGCAACGCGCGUGCGGCGCAGGGGCGGUCGGCGAUGCUCGGCGCGGGGCUGGCUCCCGGCGGAGCGGCAGCGCAGCCUGCGGCGGGCCAUGGGCUCCCCUGAAGAGGGAACACCCGAGCCCGGCGUCGGCGCCCAGAGGGAUGUGGAGCCACAGAGGCAGCGGAGCCUGUGACUGACACAGCCCGGCCGGCCCCAGCUGAAUGGAAAGACUGCAGAAGCAGCCUCUGACCUCCCCUGGGAGCGUCUGCUCUUCCCGCGGAUCCAGCGUUCCCGGCUCUCCCUCCAGCAUCGUGGCCAAAAUGGACAACGAGGUCCUGGGCUACAAGGACCUGGCUGCCAUCCCCAAGGACAAGGCCAUCCUGGACAUCGAGCGCCCCGACCUGAUGAUCUACGAGCCGCACUUCACCUACUCGCUCAUGGAGCACGUGGAGCUGCCCCGCAGCCGCGAGCGCUCCCUGUCUCCCAAAUCCAUGUCUCCUCCUCCAUCUCCAGAGGUCAUCCGGGAGUGGCUGGAGAGCCGCCCCCCCAGCAGCACCCCGCUGCCCCCCUCGCGCCAGGGCCCUGCCCCCACCCGCAGCAGCGUCCAGCACUUCCACCGGCCCGAGACCGACACCACAGAGCUCAACAUUUACAAGAAGCCCCCGAUCUACCGGCAGAGAGACCACCAUUCCAGCGCCCACCACGGGAAGCACCUCAUCGAGGACCUGAUCAUCGAAUCCUCCAAAUUCCCGGCGGCGCAGCCCCCGGAUCCCAACCAGCCCGCCAAGAUCGAGACCGACUACUGGCCCUGCCCGCCGUCGCUGGCCGUCGUGGAGACCGAGUGGAGGAGGCGGAUGGCGUCCAAGAGAGGGGAGGAGGAGGAUGAGGAUCUGACGGAGGAGAUGAAGAACCUGCGGGAGCUCCAGCGGCAGGAGCUGAGCAAGGUCACCUCCAACCUCGGGAAGCUGAUCCUGAAGGAGGAGAUGGAGAAGUCGCUCCCGAUCCGGAGGAAAACUCGCUCGCUGCCGGACCGGACGCCUUUCCACACGUCGCUCCACACGAGCUCCAAGAGCUCCUCCCUCCCCGCCUCCGGCCGGAGCACCCUCACCCGGCUGCAGUCGGCAGAGUUCGGCUCGGCGGGGAGCGAGAAGGGCAGCCCAGCCCUGCAGAACGGCCAGCGCGGGCGCAUGGACAGAGGGAACUCGCUGCCCAGCAUGCUGGAGCAGAAGAUCUACCCCUAUGAGAUGCUGAUGGUGACGAACCGAGGCCGCGUGAAGCUCCCGCCCGGCGUGGACAGGACCAGGCUGGAGCGCCACCUGUCCCCCGAGGACUUCCUGAAGGUGUUCGAGAUGUCGCCGGAGGAGUUCGGCAAGCUGGCCCUGUGGAAGCGCAACGAGCUGAAGAAGAAAGCCUUCCUCUUCUGAGUCCUCCUCGGGCCAGCUCCGUCCCUGCCGCGCCGUGUCACCGCUUUAGGGCUCUCAGCCGGUUUUUAUUGGGGUCCCCCCGUCCCCCAGCCCCCCCAGAUCUGCCCCCCCCGCCUCUCUCCUGCUGCCGGAUGGGGCUGGGGGCACCGAGCCCGCCUGGCACGGGGGGCUGGGCACGGUUCUGCCAGGAGGGGAGGGCUGGGGGGGUCUCUGGGCUUUGUGCCCCCCUUUUUCCCCCUGAACGUGCCUGGCUCUGCUUUGGGCUCUGCCAGGGGGGCUCUGGGGGGUCCCCUCCUCCCUGCGGGUCCGCUGCCCCCAGCGCCCACCCCGGGGUGCCCCCCGAGGUGCCCCUGUGCCCCACCCUGAGGCUGGGGAGGAGCCUGGGGGCUCACACUGCCACACCGACGCUCUCCCGGCAAAGCCAGGCCCAAAUCCCAGCUUAACCCCCCCCAGCUCUGUGCCCCCGUCCCUCCUGUGCCAGGGCUGCAGAGGGACCCCAAGGACACUGCCAACCCCCCCUGUGCCCCCCGGCUCCGGGCUGGGCAGGGGGAGCACCCCGGGGGGGCAGGGGGGUGGGGGUCCCUGGGGCAGCUCCUGGAGCUUUCCAGCUGGGGAUGGGGGGCACAGGGGCGAUGAUUUGGGGGACACAGGGGCGAUGAUUUGGGGGACACAGGUGUGAUGACUUGGGGGGCACAGGAAGGCACUGGAGUGAUGAUUUGGGGGGGCGCAGAAGGGUGCUGGAGUGAUGAUUAGGGGGGCAUAGGUGUGAUGAUUUGGGGGGCACGGGAGGGCACGGGGGCGAUGAUUUGGGGGGCACAGGUGUGAUGAUUUUGGGGGCCCAGGAGGGCGCUGAGCUGGCACGGAUGAUGAGCUGGGCAGUGGACUGGAGCAGGGCUCGAUGGCACCGCGGCUCCCACCGUCCCCUCCCGGCCAUGCCGACAGGGCUCGGCGCCUUCCCUCGCCCCCUCCCCUCUCCAGGCACACGUUUUGGGCAGGACCCCUCUCUCCCCGCACCCCCCGCCCCCUCCACGCUCCCCGGUUUUUGUUUCCAGCCACUUUCCAGCCGCUAGACCUUGUUGGGAUGUAAAGAAUGUAAUUUAUCGGGAAUUCACUGGCCCAUACUCGCCUUUCACUGCUACAAACGACAUAUCUAUAAAUAUAUAUAUAAAUAUGGGUUGUUUUCGGACUGGACUACAGUGAUUCACUUUCUCUGUUUUUGUUAGAGUUUAUUUUAUUUGCUGGUGUCGGAGAAUCCGCGUGAGAGUGAUUUUUUGCUUACAAUUAAAGGUGAAAUGGCUUUA